AUGAGCGAGGAGUGGACUACUAGUGGGGCCUCCUCGGCUCCCCAGGGGCCCCUCACAUGCCCCUCAUCGCUCCCCGUAGCACAUUCUAAGGAUCCCCGCCAAGCGUCUCAGGGGCCCGGCUCCGAGGCUUUCUGGCGCUUUGGUCAGGAGGGACUUGCUAUUGGUUCCCCCCAGGGGACCCCACGAGACCCAAGAGUUGAUGCAGGGCUCACAGGGGCCCCCCACGAGACCCUAUGGCGGCCCCGGCCUGAGGCUGCGCCCUCUUGGCACCCCCAGAAGGAGCAUUUUGAAGUCGGGGCUUCCAAGGCCCCAAGCACGGUCAGCAGCUUUGUUUGGAGCGGAGAAGGUGGGCCCUGUGAGUCAACUGCGCCCUCCGAGGGCGUUUGGCCGGGGCCCGGCUCUCCCGUGCUAACAGGGUCUCCCUUUUCUGUGUCUGACAGCAUACCGGCUGCGACUGCCGAAGGCGUCUGGGCGCCUGCUGGUGUUGAAGUGCAUCACUUAUCGCCUGCAUCAUCUUUCGAGCCGCCAGAGAAGGAGCUCGAGGCAGAGAAAGCGCUGAUGUUGCCGUCCCCUGCUGCUGCUGCUGCUGCCCCUACGACUUGCAGCAGCAGCAGCGGUGUCUCUCCUCUCGUCCAGUUCCUAAGAGCUUCAAAGACCCUCAAGAUGUCUCUGACGCAAACCAUGGAGAUGCAGCAGCAAACACUGCAGCUGCUGCUGUUGCACCCGCAGUUGGCGCCUCCAGAUUUAGAUGCCCCUUGCUGCUGGUGCUCUACAGCAGCAGCAGACGCGCAACAGCAACCGCAGUACAGCAGCUGCGUCGUACUUCUGCAGAUCGAGAUGCUCCAGCAGCUGCUGCAGCAGUGCAGCUCGAGGCUGCAACAGCAGCAGGAAGACAUUCUGGAGGCGGAGGGUCAGUUGCAGCAGCAGCAGCAGCAACAGCAGCAGGACCCGGUGACAUGCUUGCUCCCACAUUGGCAGCAACAGCAGCAGCAGCAGCAGCUAGCUGCUGCAGCAGCAGAGCUCCGCAUCCGCCGCAGCGUCCUCAAGCAUCAGUGCUCAGACUUCCAGCAGGCGCUGCUGCUCCAGCAGCAACUGCAGCAAGAAGCAAACGCCAGAUGGUUAUUGGAGGCCGCGGACCAUAUUAGAAGCUCUUUUGCUGAUUCCCCCACUGCGGAUUUGGCGAAUAUUUUGCGGCCCGGUUCAAGCCUGAACCCGCAGAUCACACAGGGUCUUGUGGGGAAUCAGCUAUCAGAGAAACGCAGCAAACUGCUGCAGCUCGAGGAGAAGCUCAAGGAACUGCAGCAGCUCGCAACAAUGUUGCAGCAGCAGCAGCAGAAGCGACAGCAGCAGCAGCAGCAGCUAGAUGGCGUGACGACACAAACGAAGCAGCUUACAGCUGCUGCUUGCACUGAUCUGCUGCUAGCCCACAAAUACCGCAAACAGUCACUGAAGCGGCCGCAGCACAAGCAACACCAGCAGCAACAACAGUGA